GUAUCGUGAGCAUGGUGUACACGCAGUCGGAGAUCUUGCAGAAAGAGGUUUACCUCUUCGAGCGCAUCGAUUCAACCAACCGGGAGAACAUGAAACACUUGAAAGCCAUCUGCUUCUUGCGGCCGACUAAGGAGAAUGUGGAUUACCUUAUUCAAGAACUGCGCAGGCCGAAAUACAGCAUCUACUUCAUUUAUUUCAGCAACGUGAUCAGCAAGAGCGACAUCAAGUGUCUGGCUGAGGCGGACGAGCAGGAAGUGGUCGCCGAGGUCCAGGAAUUCUACGGAGAUUUCAUUGCUGUGAAUCCGCACGUGUUUUCCCUCAACAUCUUGGGCUCCUUCCAGGUACAGGGAGGGUGUGUGUGUGUGGAUGUAACUCUUUCCUCAGCUCCUGUUUCCUUAGAC